GGCCGGGCGCUGCCUCGCCCCGGCGGGUGACCCCUGCCGCCUCCGCUCCCCGCGGCCCGGGGGCCGCCGCCAUCGCGCCCUUUCCUCUCGGGGACCCGUGUGCUUCUCCCGGCCCGCGGCGGCCGCUCCGCAGCAGCGCCCCGCAGCCCAGGGCAGGGGAAGGCCUGGCGGCCGCCGCUCCGCAGCCCGCCCUUCCCCGCGGGACUGCCCGGGGCUGCGCUGCCUUUGUCGGCGCCCCGGGGAGCCGUUCUGGGAAGGAGGACCAGAGACCCCUGGAAUGCAGCCUUGAUUGCCAGUCACGGUCCUGCCUGAUAGCGCGGUGCGCUAAACUCGGCUCACAGGGUGUAUCUAUUUGGCCCCUGAAAACGCCUAGAAAAAUAGAUGACUCCAAAUUAUUCAAGUGCAAUUAAGGCCACAAAAGAAAAGACACCUGAAUUGACUCUGUAUAAGGCAGAUGGGGUUCAGUUAGGCUCAGCGGCAGAGAUAUGCACUGUCUGAGUAGAAUUACUGCAAUUUCAGAUGAAAGUCCAAGCGUGUCGAAAGGCUCUUGUCUGAUCCUAUUUGGGUCCCACAAGCAGCACCGCUGAAGCAGAGCUGUGCCAGAUCACAUCACAUAAGAUACCUGAGGACUGUUUGUUUGCAGACUGCUGGAAGACAGAGAUGGAAUCACCUAUUGGUAGCAGAACCUGUCAGUAGAAGUUUGUGUUCGAUUCAAUGCAAGUCAUCUGCCUUGUGGGCCUAUCUGAUAUUUGGAUCAAAGCUGAAGUGCAGUCAGAAGGAAAGAAGGAAGUGUUCAGAAGAAUUGAAACAAGGCUGGAUUCUCAGAAACACAAAGACAAAUCCAUUUCCUCAGCAAGCUGAUGCAACUGAAGAUGCCAGCAUGCGGGGUCACUUUUGUGAUGAUGUUGUCAUUAAUUUUUCGUCGGCCGGCAAAGGUUUUGGAAGUGUGGAACAGAGAUGUCCCCCUGUCACCCAAAUCCCACACAGGGUCCUGCUGUCUUUCCCGUCCUCAGCACCGUGCCCACCCCGUUUUGCUCCCGCUGUUUUCCCGCUGCAAGCGCGCUCCUCUGCUAUUCCCAGCCUUGUCUGGAGCCUCUCCUCCUGCUGCUGGCGGCGCGGGCAGCGGGCGGGGCGGAGGAUGGGUGGCUGGAUGAACGGAUGGAAGAUGGAUGGGCGGGCCCGGGCCCGCUCCAGGUGCCGCGGCGUUGCCGGGCGACGAGCGGCCGCUGCCGCUGCCUGCCCGCCGCUCUCCCGUUGUCCCCGCGGCCCCGGCACGGCCCGCAGGACAUGGAACAAUUAAAUAACACUAUGAGCACCUGUCAGUCAAGAUAAAUGAAGAUAAACAGUUGUGACUACUGAAUUAAAAUCUCUGUAGGAGAGGAAUGGGAAAUGAUGCAGAACAGCAGUGGCAUUGGAAGAAAAGGCUCAUCUGAAGACCAGGAGACUGAUUUGAAUUGGCAAGGCAACCCAAAUCCCAGUCCAUUGAUUAAAGAUGAUGGAGAGCUGCUUAUGGAUGAACAUCUUUCCCCCAGGAAACUGAAAGUUUUGGCAGGGGUAGAUGAUCUGAAGCAAGUGAAGGCCCUGGAGAUGCGAGUAGACACCAGAGAGAUCAGCUUGGGGAACUUUGGUGUGCAUCUGCCUAAUCUGAGAGAACUGAAGUUGAACAAUAGCUUGCUUGCAUCUGUGAGGGAUCUUGGAACCUCACUGUCUCAUCUCCAUGUCCUGUGGAUGGCUCGGUGUGGGCUCUCAGAUUUAGAUGGGAUCUCUUCCUGCAGCUCUCUAAAAGAACUCUACAUUGCUUAUAACAAUAUCUCUGACCUGAGCCAGCUGACCUGGCUGGAUCACCUUGAGGUUUUGGACCUGGAAGGGAACAAUAUUGAGGACAUCAACCAGCUGCAGUUCCUACGACUUUGUUGCAAACUAAGCCACCUGACAGUGGAGGGCAACCUUAUUUGCCUGAAGCCAACUGCAGACUCUGCAGAGGACCCAGAUUAUAAUUACAGAGCAGAAGUAAAAAAACUCAUUCCCCACUUGAAGUAUUUGGACAGAAUACGAGCAAGCCAGACUGCUCUCCCUCCUUCCAAGAAGAUGCAUGAGGAUUCUCUAAUCAUCAAGGAAUCCAUCAAGGAUGGUGGUUUAGCCAAAGACAUUUCAUGGUUAGAUCCCACUGUUUUUCCUGAUAAGCUGGUCACAGAAGAUGACUCCAGUGAUUUGACACAUGGACUCCGUCAAGUUAUAUGUGGGAACCCUGCCAAGGCCCUCCACGAGAGGAGGCAAAAGCUAGGUUCACCUGCUGUGAGCCCUUUGAAACCAUCUGGUUUGAAGACAGAAAACCCUUGUGGCUCUGGAGGAGGAAGAGAUCUACAUCAGGAGAAGGUGUCCCCUGACCUGGGAGCACAGACAGAGCAGCACAAGGGGUGCCUGCAAACAGGUCAGCAAGAACAAACCAGCCAAGCACUGAAGGUGAAUGAGGGUGAAGAUAAGGAUAAGGACCUCGUUGAAAGGAUUUCACUUGACCCUUCUUCCCACUCCUCCUCAGGUUUGUCACAGGCUCAGGAGGGUGCAGUGUUCUCCAACACAAAACCUUGUCUAAUUCCAACCCCUCCAAAAAAUCGUUCACCUGCCUCUGCAGUGGAUGUUGCAGCAAGACCUUGGAAAACAAGGAACCACAGGAGCCUAAAAAUACCCAGCCAAGAGGAGGAUAGGCAGUGUACACAGCAAUCCCGGGCAAAGGCUCAUCAAGAGAAUUCAGCCCAGCCUCUGGACAAAGAACCUGCUCUCCUGGGCCUGCACAGCACGCUGGCUGCCUCUGGAUCCCAAGAGCAGCACCAGUCUGUGGGCAGCACCAGCCAACAAAGGCCCAUUCCAGGACCAGCAGCUGUUGGGUCAUCAAGGACCAGGACCAUCAUGGAUGAGAGCCCUUCUAAAGAGAUCAACCACCAGCAUCCAGCUGCCUCCUCAUCCACAAAAGCCUCACAGAGGUUUAGGCCAAUGAAUUCUGCUUGGCCCCUGACUGCCAAGUCCAUUCUGCAGCCAUUGGCAGGCACAUCCACUGCCACAAAAACAUCUCAGAACAGAAGUCUUCAGUCCUAGAAGAUACCCAGCUGCCAGCAUGUGUUGGAGCCAUGUACACAAUGCAGCCAUGAAGGAUCAAUGCUAUCUUGCAGCUUCUUCUGCAAGCUAAACAGAGCAGUUCAAACAAAUAACGUGAUUUGCCUCAAUUCAGAAUACAGCUGGACCAGAAAUAUUUUAAGAGCAACCACUGAACAACCAAUGAGCGAACGAAAUUAUUAGAGAAAAAUGUGGUUAUUUUUGUAACCUAUACACACUAAAACAGAACAAAUCCUGUCAUACUUCCUCUCAUCCACACCAUGCCCAUCUGUGAGUCAGGCAGGGACACCAAACAAAGCAGAGCAUGGAGCCUGCUGUCUGUGGAGUGGGCUGGAGGAGGUGACCUACUAGCAGCCAGCAGUGUGUCUUUUGCAGUCUUGGAUGUUAAACAUGUGAGGGCCAAAACCAAGGGCUUGAGAGGAAGUGUUGACCAGAGCAGGUUCUAAUGGAGGGGUGUGUUGCCUGAGGAAGAGCCUGGGAAGGCUGGAUGGUUUCAGAGUUUAUGCCCCCACAGGAGCUCACCCUCUUCACAGGCAUUGCAGGUUCUUGGGAUGCAUUGCUAUGGGAGCAAAUGCUGAACAAGUGGCUUAUCCCAAUAUUAACGUUUGUUUGCUCCAUAGCUACUUGGAAGGAUUUGUCUCACUUCCUCUGAAUAGAAUUUCUCUAGCAGAGCUGAUUUCUGUCACCAGGUGUCAGAGCAACCUCUGCAUGUGCCUUUCAUCUCCAUCCCAUUUCUAGCAUUUUCAGAUGAAAUAAACUUUCCAGUUUGUUAUAAUUGGAUAAUAUUAAGUGAUGGAGCAAACCAGGAAAGUAAGGGAACAAUACCUUUUUUUUUUCAAUAGGGCAUUUGCUUCAUGGCUAAGAUCCAAAACAUCUCCUUUAGUGACUGCAGUCUGUGAGAUGCUGUUCCAAAUGACUGUGUCUUACAACUUUAUUGAUGUUGCAGUCUGAAACCAAGAGUCAUCACAUUUUUUUUCCAAUUUAAAUUACUAUGUUAGAUUACAUUUUUUAAAUCAGUUUAUAAAACAGUAAUUACACGAUGAGUUAAUGAAUUGGUUUAUGCUUCCUUUCUGCCAGCCAUCUUAACUUAGAGAAGCAGAAUAAUAGACAAAGCCCUAAAACUUCCUUUUGUUGUGAUGCUCCUUGCACCACUUUAUCUUAGAAAACAGUCUGGAGCUUGGAGCAAGUUUGCCCAGUUUUGGUGUGACCUUGCAGAAAUCUAACAAAACUCAUUUAAAACUAUGUGAUAUAUGAUUUUAUGCAGUGCUAUGGAUGCAGUCAGGAUUUCACCCAGCAACAGUGCCUGUGUCCUUAAACAGGCUCCUAAAUUUGACAUUUUGCCAGUGUCAUUGACUAUACCAUCACACACACAAAAAAACCUGGCCCUGUAAAAGAAAGAAGACACUGACAGCACUGACCCUUCUCUGUAUCCAGGGUCAUACCAGGGGGUGAUGUCUUCUCCAGAUAUUCAGAGCCUCCUUCUCAGUUGACAGCUUUCAUUUCAAAGGGGUGGAGGGGAAGAAAAAAAGGUCAGUGGGUGUGUGAACUGGUCUGGACAUGAGCAUCUGAAGAGACAAAACUCUUGGUACAGAUCUGGAAAGUCUCUCCAAAAUGUGGUGUCAUCUCUCAGCAAACUCCACUUGGCUCUUUAUGUGCACAGAGCAAGAAGCUUUGAGCUGGCAGAGAGGAUGUGGAGAAAUGGUCAGAAAAAAACAGCUCUGCCCUGGUGUGUGGGGAAUCAGUGCCUGAGGGCUUCAACAAAAUCAUUUAACUCAGGGUUUCCUGCUGUACCUUGCCAUCAGGAACCCCAGUGGUAACUCUCAGGGCUGCAGGCUGUGUGUGACCUUCAGAACAGCCUCCCCACCCCUCAUUAAGCAGCCCUGCCCCACUGGUGGCCUAACCAAGAGAGCCACAUGCUGCUGUGGUGUGUUCACAGGGGCAGGAGCACAUGUCCAGUCUGCCUACUGACCACUGCAGCAGCUGGUGGCCCUUCACCUCCUCAGGUGUGUACCAUAGGGAUGGACAGGCUGGGUGCCAUCUGCUCUUGUGUCUGUGGGGAUCUGAGUGGCCAGCCUGUCAUGCAUGGAACAGCAGAGAGGCUUGCUUAGAGAGCAAGUUUGUAAUCACAGCCCAGUCUGAUGGGGAAGAAGGAUUGGUAGACUCUUUUUUCUCUGCCAGCAGUGAGUGCACCAGGUUUCCCUGCUGCCGUGCUGUUGUCUGUUAAGAGUUUCCAGGACAAGGAAAUUAAACAAAGCCACUGCUAUCUGGGCAGCUAUAACAGAUCCACAGGGAAAAUUAUUGCCCUGGCUUAGCCGCUGCUUGUUCAUCUUCCACCUUUUACAUCUAGAAAAUGGAAAAGCCAGCCAGGUUUUUAAUAGGCUAAUUAGGAAAUGUAAGGCAUGAUGGGCUGUUUGUGAAUUCAGUUCUCUUGGCCCAAAAGGGAAAAUGGGUAGUUUCAUUCUAUGGGCUUUUUGUCACUGUUUCCUCUGUUAAAAUCUUGCAUUGGUCCCUUGAAUAUAGACAAAGUCCUUUAAUGAAUGAGCUUAUUCCC